ACAGGAUCCCAUUAAAAGAACACCAUGGAGUUUUAUGAGUCAACAUAUUUUAUUGUCCUUAUUCCUUCAAUAGUUAUUACAGUGAUUUUUCUGUUCUUCUGGCUUUUCAUGAAAGAAACAUUAUAUGAUGAAGUUCUUGCAAAACAGAAAAGAGAACAAAAACUUAUUCCUACCAAAAUGGAUAAAAAGAAGGCAGAAAAGAAAAAGAAUAAAAAGAAAGAAAUUCAGAAUGGGAACUUGCAUGAGUCUGAUUCAGAUAACGUAGUCCGGGAUUUUAAAUUAUCUGAUGCCCUCACAAUUGAUGAUGAGCAGGUUGUACCUGUUCCACUGAAUAUGGUUGAAACUUCAAGUAUUGUUAGAGAACGAAAGAAGAAGGAGAAGAAACACAAACCUAUACCAGAAGAACAAGUCAUCAAAGAAAGUGAUAUAACAAAGAGUAUAGGCAAAAAAGUAGAACCUGUCCCAGUGACUACACAGCCAACACCCCCUUCUGAGGCAGUUGUCUUCAAGAAGAAAUCAGGGCAGAAAAAGCCUAAAAAUGGAAGCGAUGAUCAAGAUAAAAAGGUGGAAACUAUUAUGACACCUUCAAAAAAGCAAGAUUCAUUACCCCUCCUUCAAGAGAUUAAACAGGAAAGUGGAUCAGGAAAGAAGAAAGUUCCAUCAAAGAAGCAAAAGACAGAAAAUGUCUUGGUUGAUGAACCCCUUAUUCAUGCAACUACUUAUAUUCCCCUGAUGGAUAACACUGACGCAAAUUCUGUUACGGAUAAGAAGGGAGUUAUUGAGUUGAUUAAACCUGAUCAAGUAGAAGGAAAUCAGAAAAUGGGAACUAAAAAACCAAAGACUGAAACCGACAAAGAAAAUGCUGAAGUGAAAUUUAAAGACUUUCUUCUCUCCUUGAAAACUAUGAUGUUUUCUGAAGAUGAGGCCCUUUGUAUUGUAGACCUGCUAAAGGAGAAAUCUGGUGUGAUACAGGAUGCUCUAAAGAAGUCAAGUAAAGGAGAAUUGAUGGCUCUUGUACAUCAACUUCAAGAAAAAGACAAAAUACUUACUGUUGUGAAGGAAGAUGCUACUGCAACAAAGGACCGGUGUAAGCAGUUAACACAGGAGUUGAUGACUGAGAAAGAAAGAAGCAACAUGGUUAUAGCCAGGAUGAAAGAUAGAAUUGGUACAUUAGAAAAGGAACAUAAUGUAUUUCAGAGUAAAAUGCAUGCCAGUUAUCAAGAAACUCAAAAGAUGCAGAUGAAGUUCCAGCAACUUCGUGAGCAAAUGGAAGCAGAGAUAGCUCACCUGAAGCAGGAAAAUGGCAUCCUGAGAGAUGCUGUCAGCAAUACUACAAAUCAGCUAGAAAACAAGCAGUCUGCUGAGCUAAAUAAACUGCGCCAGGAUUAUGGUAGAUUGGUAAAUGAACUUGCUGAGAAGACAGGAAAGCUACAGCAAGAGGAAGUCCAAAAGAAAAGUGCUGAACAAGCAGUUACUCAAUUGAAGGUUCAAUUGCAAGAAGCUGAGAGAAGGUGGGAAGAAAUCCAGAGCUAUAUCAGGAAGAGAACAGCAGAGCAUGAAGCAGCACAGCAAGAUUUACAGAGUAAAUUUGUGGGCAAAGAAAGUGAAGUGCAGUCUCUACAUAGUAAACUUACAGAUACCUUGGUAUCAAAGCAACAGUUGGAACAAAGACUAAUGCAGUUGAUAGAAUCAGAGCAGAAAAGGGUAAACAAAGAAGAGGCUCUCCAAAUGCAAGUCCAGGAUAUUUUGGAGCAGAAUGAAGCUUUGAAAGCUCAAAUUCAACAGUUCCAUUCCCAGAUAGCAGCUCAGACUUCCGCUUCAGUUUUAGCAGAAGAAUUGCAUAAAGUGAUUGCUGAAAAGGAUAAGCAGAUAAAGCAGACUGAGGAUUCUUUAGCAAACGAACAUGAUCAUUUAACAAGUAAAGAGGAGGAACUCAAGGAUAUACAGAAUAUGAAUUUCUUAUUAAAAGCUGAAGUACAAAAAUUACAAGCCCUAGCAAAUGAACAGGCGAUGGCAGCACAUGAACUGGAGAAAAUGCAAAAAAGUGUUCAUGUUAAGGAUGAUAAAAUAAGAUUGCUUGAAGAACAGCUGCAAUGUGAAAUUUCAAACAAAAUGGAAGAAUUUAAGAUUCUGAAUGACCAGAACAAAACAUUACGACUAGAAGUUCAGAAGCUACAGGCUCUUGUUUCCAAACAGCCUAAUAAAGAUGUUGUGGAACAGAUGGAAAAAUGCAUUCAAGAAAAAGAUGAAAAGUUGAAGACUGUGGAAGAACUACUUGAAACUGGACUUAUUCAGGUGGCCACUAAAGAAGAGGAACUGAAUGCAAUAAGAACAGAAAAUUCUUCUCUGACCAAAGAAGUACAAGACUUAAAGGCUAAGCAGAAUGAUCAGGUUUCUUUUGCAUCUCUAGUUGAAGAACUGAAGAAAGCGAUCCAUGAAAAAGAUGGAAAGAUCAAAUCUGUGGAAGAGCUUCUAGAAGCCGAACUACUCAAAGUUGCUAAUAAGGAAAAAAAUAUUCAGGAUUUGAAACAGGAAAUAGAGACUCUAAAAGAAGAAAUAGGAAGUGUCCAGCUUGAAAAGGCUCAACAGUUAUCUAUCACUUCUCAAAUUCAGGAGCUUCAAAAUUUGUUAAAAGGAAAGGAACAACAGAUGAAUACCAUGAAGGGUGCUUUAGAAGAAAAAGAAAAAGAACUAGCCACUAGAGGGAAAUGGUUACAGGAUCUUCAAGAAGAAAAUGAAUCUUUGAAAGCCCAUGUUCAAGAGGUAGCACAGCAUAACUUGAAAGAGGCAUGUUCUGUGUCACGAUUUGAAGAACUUGAGACUGUGUUGAAAGAAAAAGAAAAGGAAAUGAAGAGAGUAGAAACAAUACUAAAAGAGAGGGAGAGUGAUCUUUCUAGCAAAGCAAAGCUGUUACAGGUGGCACAGGAGGAAAACAAAUUAUUUAAAUCUCAAAUUGAGCAGUUGAAGCAACAAAAACAGGUAUCUUAUCCCCCUCACGAAGAAUUCUUAAAUGUAAUUUCAGAAAGGGAGAAAAAAAUAACUGAUCUCCAGAAUGAGUUGGAUUCUUUGAAGGAUGCUGUUGAACACCAAAGGCAGAAGAAUAAUGACCUUCGGGAGAAAAACUGGGAAGCAAUGGAAGCAUUGGCAUCAACUGAAAAAAUGCUGCAGGACAAAGUGAACAAGACUUCCAAGGAAAAACAACAGUGCAUAGAAGCUAUUGAGUUGGAAGCUAAAGAAGUUCUCAAAAAAUUAUUUCCUAAGGUGUCUGUUCCUUCUAAUUUGAGUUACAGUGAAUGGUUACAUGGCUUUGAAAAGAAAGCAAAAGAAUGUGUGGCUGCAACCUCAGGUUCCGAAGAAGUUAAGGUUUUAGAGCACAAGUUGAAAGAGGCUGAUGAAAUGCAUACAUUGUUACAGCUAGAAUGUGAAAAAUAUAAAUCUGUCCUUGCAGAAACAGAGGGAAUUUUACAGAAACUACAGAGAAGUGUGGAGCAAGAAGAAAAUAAAUGGAAAGUUAAGGUUGAUGAAUCACAAAGGACUAUUAAGCAGAUGCAGUUGUCAUUCACAACUUCAGAACAAGAGCUUGAACGGUUAAGAAAAGAAAAUAAAGAUACUGAAAAUCUGAGAAGAGAACGAGAACAUUUGGAAAUGGAACUAGAGAAGGCAGAAAUCGAAAGAUCUACGUAUGUUACAGAAGUCAGAGAGCUGAAAGAUCUGUUGACUGAAUUGCAGAAAAAACUUGAUGAUUCAUAUUCUGAAGCAGUAAGACAGAAUGAAGAGCUAAAUUUGUUAAAGAGACAGUUAAAUGAAACACUCACAAAACUUAGAACUGAACAAAGUGAAAGACAGAAGGUAGCUGGUGACUUGCAUAAGGCUCAACAGUCACUGGACCUUAUCCAGUUAAAAAUAGUCAAAGCUGCUGGAGACACCACUGUUAUUGAGAAUAGUGACAUUUGCCCUGAAACGGAAUCUUCUGAGAAGGAGACAAUGUCUAUAAGUCUAAAUCAGACUGUUACACAGUUACAGCAGUUGCUUCAGGAAGUAAACCAACAACUCACAAAGGAGAAGUAACACUAACAGGGUUCAGAGUGAAGUAAUUGGCAAAUUAUUGAAGGAUAACAGAAGGCAUUGUAUUAUAUUUUGCCAAAUUAAAGCCUUAUUUAUGUUUUCACCCUUUCUACUUUGUCAGAAACACUGAACAGAGUUUUGUCUUUUCUAAUCCUUGUUAGACUACUGAUUUAAAGAGAGAAAAAAGCCAACUCUGUAGACACCUUCAGAGUUUAGUUUUAUAAUAAAAACGGUUUGAAUAAUUAGACCUUUACAUUACUGAAGAUAAACAUGUAAUCUUUUAUCUUAUUUGCUUAAUAAAAUUGUUCAGAAGUUCAAAAGUGGGAAAGACAAUGUAAAAUAUAACAUUUUAAUACCGAUGUUGUACACUGUUUUACUUAACAUUUUGAGAAGUAACUGCAACUUCAACUCAAUACACUUUGUUGCUAAUGUAAUCAGUUUUUGUAAUGGCGUCAACAAAUAAAGGGAUGAUACUUAUUAUUCAAA